CUCACCUUCCUAGUCAGGUUGUUCCGCUUGCAAGAGAACGAGUCUUCUUUGUUCAUAGACUUGCCCUGCUUUUACUUACACUGUUUUCUAGAGAUCAUCGCACAGAUUCUAUUUCUAUAUUCAAACUAAUCUAACAAGUAUGGGGAAGUUACGUCAGAAAAAGAAGAAGGCUUACUGGAAGCGGAAAGAAAAUGCUCCAGGUCAACAAGACGGCGAGAACAACCAAGCUCGUGCCGACCACGAUGACUUCGAGUCUGGAGAAGAACAACAACGUGAAGACAGUCGAGAAAGACAUCAAGGACAACCUCAACCUCCGGUAGAAGAUUUCUCCAGUCCAUCUGGAUCUGCAGGAAGGGUCGUGAACCUCCAAACCGGGGAAGGAGCUCCAUUAAGGGGAUUUAAAGACGGAGGACCACACGUCGGACUCGGAGGUGAGCAAGAGGACGAGGACAGAACUGGGAGUACGAGAACACAAGAUGGAGAUAGAACAGCAAUGCCAAAUGUGCUGUCCCUUUCACCAGAGCCGGAUGGUUCCUUUUUCGACACACCAGCGACCACUGCGCCAUACAGAGGCGGCGACGAUGGCGAAGGCUAUAUCUCGCCGUUUUUCCAUGAGGAAGACGAGGACUACCGCCGACGAAGGUACGAGAUGAUGAUGAACAACGCAGGGGCAGCAGUGAAUCUUGAUGAAAGAAUCCAACAACAGCUUCACGGAGGAGAAGCUGUUGGGGCUUCAUCUUCAGGUAGUGGUCUUCAUGCCGCAGGAGCACUAGGUGGAGAACAUCCACAACAUCUAGGAGGUGCACCUUCACCUGCAGACUUGUAUCGUCUUCAUUAUGAAAGCAUGUACCAAAAAUAUCGAGAAGAUAUGAUCAUGAGACAACAGAAUGGCGAGGAAGACUUGAGUCCUACGGCUCUGCAAGAAGCGCAAGAACAGUAUGAGAGACUGGAAGCGGAAUACUACGAAAGAAUGCGACACGAACAGGAACAGCUUCGAAACGUAGAUGCAGCGGGUCUCAGUCGCUGCAUGAUGGAGCAGGAAUCGUCUUCAAGACGAGGUGGUGGUCCUUAUCCUCAUGGCGGCAGCUUUCAUCAAGCAGGCACAUCAUCGAGAAGAAGGGACAACCACUCGUCACAGUCCUAUGAUCUUCAUACAAGACGAGGGCACCAAGAUAGCAGGCAGCGAGGUGGACAAGAUCAUGAAGACUAUGACUCCUCAAGCGAAGAGGAGACAGACUCAGACGACGACUCCCGAUCAUCCUCGCAAUACACGAGUUCAAAAUGCUCACACAGUGGCGACGAAGACAACCCGAAAGCAUAUAAGAAGGGGGGAUAUCAUCCGGUACUGCAGCUUAGCUAUGGUUUCAUCGUCCCUUUCGAAUUCGAAUCUUCUUUCACUUGAAGGACGAACAUCGAUUUGUGGGAUAUUUAUAUAUUAAAGUAAUUGUUUCAGAAAAAUAGGAAUGGAAUUGACCCUUCUAGGUCUAUAAUGGAUUUGACCCACCUUGUAGUAGUUGUACCAGUGAAACGGCAUAAGUCAUAAUGCCAAAGUAAUAGAUAUUAACUACUUACCACGACUACUAGUACCUCGAGUUUUCUUGAGUUUUCUUCAGUUUCCCACAAUUUGAGUUUCCCAAGAUUCGAGUCUUCUUGAGAAGUAGCUUUUGAAUGAUCCCUCGUCUGACUUUUCAAUCUCUCUCACAUCCACAAACAACCACAGGUCGUUCUAGGACAGCAGUAUGCUGGAAGAUACAGGAUAUUGAGCAAGCUUGGUGCAGGGGCGUUCUCAACAGUGUGGCUAUGCGCAGACGAGAGGAAUGAUGACAUCCUCGUCGCAAUGAAAAUAUGCAAGAGCAAGAGUUCCGUAAUAGAAGGAUUUUUAGAUUCUUGAUCUUUCCAAGUCAAGCUGCUUCUAGAGAUAUGUCUUACUGUUUGGGGUAGCUCUAGCUUCCCUUAAUAUUGCGAGCAAACCGCUAACUUCCCUCUUUCCAACCCACUGUGUUUUCUCCACUGAAAUCAGGUAUCAGAGCAAGCGCUCGACGAAAUAGCUCUGCUGCGGUGUAUUUCAGAGCCAAAGGACAUGCCAAAUAAGGAAUAUUGUAUGCCUUUAAAGCACCACUUCUGGCACAUGGGUCCUAACGGAAAACAUAUGUGUCUAAUCUUCGAACUUCUGGGAGAAAAUCUUCUCGCACUAGUGAAGUACACGAAAUAUGGUGGAUUGCCUUUGAGUUGGGUGCGAAAAAUAGCGAGACAAGUUUUGCAGGUACUAGCCCAGUACAACUUUUUGUGUUGGCCAACCAUCUAGCUACAACAUUAUGUGCCGAAUUUCCACUUUUGACUGAAUAGUCAGAAACUUUGACUUUGAUUCAUCAAGGACUUUCUCACUGCCCUUCUUAUCCGUCGUCCCUUUAAGGCUUGAUAAUCGGGUAAGUAUGUACUUAUAACUAUAAGGCUGAAAUAGUAGUUAUGUCAUCACACCCCUUUAAGGCUUUCUAUCCUUCGUAGUAUGUAAGGCAAAGGCUUACCGUACGUAGCCAUCUCCUCUUUCAGGCCUGCGACCACCUCGCCAAAGUCGGCGUGAUCCACACGGACAUCAAACUCGAGAAUGUCUGCGUUCACCGCCACGACAUGGCGGAGGUAAAACGCGAGGCUUAUGCAGUCUUAGAAGCGCUAAAAGCGGCAGAAAAGCAGUUUCACGAUGCAGAACUUAGGAGAAAACAAGCUCAUCACGCAUCAAUUGCCGAUAGUACGCCACCUCAAAAACUCUCCAAAGCACAGAAAAAGAAAAUGCUUUUGAAGAAGAAGAAACUGUUAGCGUCCCAAGUAGACAUGGCCAAUGUGGGAAGUGGAAGCAAUCAGAAGGUAGUUCUUCUACUCAAACAUUUUUGCUGUAUAAUUGAAAUCCCUAGCCCUACUUGAUGAGCAAUUGAGUUCCUUAGUUACGUCAGCCUCUAUUCGCAUCGUAAAGGUAAAAUAGAUACUGCUGCUAAAUUUAAGUCUCUCACAAACAAACAACAGAACAUCCACGAAAUCGCACAUCCCGACAUUCCGGAAGAAGAGAGGAUAAAACUUCCCGACGCGCCAAUUAGACAGAAGACCAGGUUCGAAACUUUUUCACUCGCCGAUCUCAAAUGCGUCCUUUCAGAUUUCGGUAACGGUUGCUGGGUCGACAAACACUUCACAGAGGAGAUUCAGACGAGACAAUACAGAGCACCUGAGGUAUUGAGAUGGAUGAUUUUCCUUAUGGUAGCAACUCCAAUUACCUUCUUCCAUUGCAAAAGAUGCUCACCACACAAGGUCGUACAUGUACUCGUACUUCUUGUACAGAGUACAGUAUCAUUAUAACAAUUUUUGUUCAACAUCCCUGAUCAAUUCCUCCCUUCUGAACAUGAGGUCCUCAUCGGCGCCCCCUACGACACUUCAACCGAUCUCUGGUCAUCCGCCUGCAUGUUCUUCGAACUUUUGACUGGUGACUUUCUUUUUGACCCCAAGAGUUCCAACUCAUGGUCCACCGAUGAAGAUCAACUAGCAUUGAUGGUUGAGCUUCUGGGCGACUUCCCACCUCCAGAAUGGCUCUUUUCGUCGAAGCAUUGGGACGAAUUUUUCCAGGAAAGUGGAGAUAGGAUGAUCCACAUUAGGAAUUUGCAAUUCUGGCCAAUGGACCGAGUGCUCCAUGAAAAGUACUAUUUAUACUUCUUUUUUCGUAUAUCUAGGUCUAGAAAUUUUUAUAUGGCAGUCUUAAAACGUUAUUUUAGCAAAACGUUAAAAAUUGACUUCAUCUUAGGAAUCUAGUCGGCUAUUUUAAAAAAUCAACUUUUAACGUAGUUUUGCUAAAAUAACGUUUUAAGGUUGCCGUAUUUUAGGGGGCAAAACUAUAGCGAUCCCCAAGUGACAAAAAGUUCCUACUUUCUUUUUCAAAAAUCACUUACGUCCACUAGGUACAAAUUCAGCGAGGAAGAUUCGACACUUUUCGCUGAUUUCCUUCUCUCUAUGCUCCGCUGGCGCCCAGAAGACCGAGUCACUGCUGAGCAAGCUCUCCUCCACCCUUUUCUUCAAGGCGAAGAUGAUAUGCCAGAUGACCAAAAUUUCAUGAAUGUGAAAGAGGACAGCGCUUCUGACAGAGAAGGACAUGGACAUGGAGGAAGUUAUCAUGGUAGAGGCGAACACGCCGAUGACGAAGAUAGCUCAUCCGAUUAAGGCUCGAUGUCAUUCAUUUCGUGCAACAGUCGUGAUAAGGAUAUUUAUUUAGACUUCUUGUUUCUUCUUCCUCUGAGGAUUUAUGGAAGAAAUAUUCUUGUUCUGUUUUCUUCUUCCUCUUAGGAUACUGAAGAAAUGAAUACAGAGUGGGAAGAAGUGAAUUGUUUUGCUCUCUAAUCUGAGGAGGAGGAAGAGGAGGAUAGUUGUUUGGAAGAGGAAGACUCUGAUGGUGACGAGGAUGCAUCUUCUGGAGGGAACUCUGAUUCAGACGAAGAUGAAGAAACAGGACAGUCAUCAUCGAGACCAUCGGAAGAUGGAAGGUCGCCUCUAGAAGGAGAAGGCGAUGGCUCUCCGGAAUCACCUCCUGUUUUGACGAGUCCCCCAACUUCCUAA